AUAAUUUGAUGUACAACAUAAACCUAUUAUUUAAUGCAUAUGUACAUCUUUUUUGGCAAUGUGUGUCAGUGUGUUUGGGUGUGCAGAUAAUGCAAUAGAGGCGCAGAGUUUUGUCCCUCUCCCACUCCAAUGCCCAAUAUGUAGAAGUGGAGAAAAGCAAUAAGAAUGGCGUGAGCGCAGCGUGUCGACGCUCUCUCAUUACAUGGUGAGGUGAGGUCUUGGUGAUCUCUCUCUCUUUCUGCAGUGCUUUCAUUCCUCAUUGCACCUCACCUUAUAUUAAUCUACAAAAAAUGGGUGCUCUCAGUGAAAUGUGCUUGGAAUUUUUGAAUUAUGGUGGUGCGUUUUCGUUUUCGUUUCGCGAAUCGUUCGUUCGAAUCGUCGCGCGGUUUCUUAGUCCCGUUUCUUUUCCGUCGUAACCACAGAAUCGUCGACUUCAAGUGUGAGAAGAACAGUAAAUGAAGAAAGGAAAGAGUAACAGCGCAAUAUUAUGUGGCAAAAGUUCCACACAGCAGCGAGCUUUUGUAUGUAAGCAGAGAAUCGUUGGUUCCAAAAUCAACCGCACAUGAAUCCAUGGCUGGAGGCGCCACUACAACGAAACAAGCUGAAAGCAGUGGAACAGUGGAAUGAAACGAUGAGCAACAGCAAUGGCAAUGGCCAGUCCAAUGUAUCUUCAAAGAAUUUAACAAUUUCAAAGCCUGCACCUCAAAAGAUUGGCUGGCCACUUAGGGUCAGACUUAUGUUGCUUCCAUGUACACACAUGUUUGCCGGACAAGCGGACAAGCCAGAGAUAACCCACAGCAGCCGGCACUAGGGAAGGUCCCCCCCACAUCGCAUAUAAGCCGCUUGGAGCGACCGACUGACGGAUCGGCGGCCAUCACGGAGCCAGAGCCAAGUCAGCCAUCAAUUAUAAUUCGCGGGUAUUCGAAUGCUGCCCAGCGUUGCGUUAAUGAGAGAGAGAGAGAGAGAGGGAGCUUAACAUCAGUCUCUGAGAGAGAGCUUCUCGGAUAUUUACAUACAUAUAUGCAAGAGAGCGGCUGAUCUUUUAGUGUUGAGUAACACCGAUCAAUGGGCUUUCGACAAAGCGUUCUCUAGCGGAAUCCACUGGACGUAAUUGCGUGGUAUCCAAGUAAUCAAAACUAAGAACUUAUUCCGUUAUUCCGUGAAGACCAAUAAGGGGAAAGCCCAAUAAUAGAUGUUACUGUACAUGCAAUACAUCCACCACCAAAAAUCUAGCUGAAUACGCAGAAGAGAGCGCAAAGCAUAAAGAAAAAAAAGAGACGAGUCAAGGGUAAGCAAAUCAUAAGGUAUGGUCAUAACACGAUGCAGGACAUACAUACAAGGGCCUCUAACUCUAUUGACCCUACCUUGCCAUGAGUAAACUCUGGACAAAGAGCAAAUAAAGUUCUCAUUCUCCAAUUCGCUCGGGCAGCCAAGCACACAGCACAGAAAACGAUCGACAGCCACUGGACCAACAGUUAAUGCUGAUGCUGCAGAGGAAUUUCGAGUUGAACAUUGAACGCGGGUUCGUCGGUAACAAAAACAACAUUAAAGCUGUACACGACAAGGCGCCAAGGAACACACAAAUAACAACAAUUCAUACGGAAUCAAUACGCCACAAAAUACCGAUAGGUCAAUAUAGGGACUCAAUCGAUAUAUUGAAUUACAUUGUGGCUCACUUGAAAGCGAGGGAAACGACAAGCUGUGCGCAUUUAUUUGUUAAAGAUAACGUGGAUAGGAAAUAAGCAACCAAAAAUGAGCACAAACGACAACAUCGAUGGCUUGGAUAUGAGCGGACUCUGCUUGAACGAACGCUACUCGGACGUGGAGUUCGUGGUGGAGGAGCAGCGACUGCCCGCCCACCGCAACAUUUUGGCGGAGCGCAGUGAGUACUUCCGUGCCAUGCUCUACGGGGACCUGGCUGAGUCAGAGGAGUGGGAAAUUCGAUUGGAGGUGCCAGUGAGUGCAUUUAAACUGAUCUUGGGCUAUAUUUACACGGGCAAACUGCCACUGUCCACACUGGACGUGGAUGUCAUUAUGGAUGUGCUCGAAUUGGCCCAUCUUUACGGAUUGCUGAAUGUCGAGGCGGCCAUAAGAAAACAUCUGCAGCAGAAUCUGGCCCUCAGCAAUGUCUGCACGAUCCUAGAUGCAGCACGUCGGUACAGUAUGGACGAGCUAACCGAAGAAUGCCUUAAGUUUAUGGAUCGCAAUGCGUCCCAACUGCUGGAGGAGUCAUCUUUUGAAAGGCUUUGUAAGGAAUCCCUUGAGGAAGUCCUGCAACGGGACACUUUCGCUGCUUCCGAAGUUCAAAUCUUUCAGGCUGUAUGCAACUGGAGUCUCUUCAAUCCGAGCGCGGACAUCAAGGCGGUAGUCUCCAACGUACGUCUCCCACUUAUGAGUGUCCAUGAGCUGCUGCAUGUGGUCCGGCCCACUGCCAUAUUUGAGCCGGACCAAAUUCUCGACGCCAUUGAUAAAGCUGAUAAAGCAGUUAAUUUGCCGCACCGUCACCGCCGGGGGAAGAAAUCGAAUUAACACAUUAUCCUGGUAUAGUAUGUAAACCCAGCUUAGCAAUCGAUCAUAAAAAGUCGUUGGUUAUCAACUGUCUUAGAGUGACUUCUUGUGGUCCAGGUCGAUGAAAUGUCAGAUUUGGUGAGGGCGAACCAGGAAAUGUCUUUACUAUCAAAUCAGAAUCCAACAGUAUCACGAGGGAACUCCACUUCAAGGAGUGUUACGUGGGCCCAAUCUACAUAUAUCUCUCCUUCUACUGAAAACCCAAAAGCAUCAUAUGUUGAGAAGGUCGUCGGAAGCUAUUCUGUGUAGCCCUGUGACUGUAACAUGUCAGAGUUCAGUCCAACCUUUCCAUAUUUUUAACGUGCAUUUGUACGUAUAUCAUUUCUUAUUAUGAUUAAGUUCAGUUUACUGCAGUUGCAUUAAGUUUAAUUUGUCGGAAGUAUGAAGUGUUAGUGGAGUUUAUCUGAUCAGUGACACAAAAAAUGUGUAUGACUGCAGCUUAUACGCAAAUG